AUGGAUAACACUGAAAAGAAGUUUUCACCGGAUGCUCUGAAUCUGCUUGACCAUAUGAUGAAUAUGGUGUUAAAUAAAGCUGAGCAGCUAUCACAACAAAACCAACUAUUAAGCGAAAAUCCCCAAACCAGUGAUAGCUUAGAGUCUAUGAGUCUUCAGGAAACUUCAUCUGAGAUUUCUAAUAAAUCGUCACAAACGUCUCUGGAAAUUCUUUCAAAAGAAUAUUCAGUUCCAAAUAGGUCAAAGAAUCCUCAAGCGAUCAUUGGAAAUCAAAAAAAAGAAACAGAUGCUGCAAAUAAUAUUAGAGCAGAUAUGAAGACAGAAAAUGCAAAAAAACCUACGAAGCCUAAAAGUAGUUGCGAGUGCACAAAAAAUAAAAUUCCAAAAAAUAUUGCAAAUGUCGAAUUUAAUUUUUUACUCAAUGCAAAGCACAACGGCAAAGAAAUUGGUAUUCCUGUUAAGGUCGUUGUGACAGAACUGAAAAAUGCUGGUAUUGAGAUAAAGUUUGACGCAGAUACAUCUAUCUAUCCUCACUUAUCACCUUUGAAUAUCCACGUGGUUUGUCAUGACUAUGAACCAAGCCGUGUAUGGGUGAAUGGAAAUGAAUAUGUAUCUAAAGUAAAAUCUACUCAACAAAUUUACAAAUUUAAUAUUUUUUGA